AUGAGUGAAGAGGAAGCGUGUGAAGGAAGAAGCCGAAAGAAAGAUGCCAUCAUGCCAACUACACGGAACUGCAGCACUCCAACUGAACAAGACACCCAACAAACACCAACAUACUGGUCUGGGAGUGCCAUCAACGAGAACAAAGGAAUGGUAGAUAAUUUGCGGCGUUAUGGAAUUAUUACUUCCAUAAAGGUAGGUGAAGUAAUGGAAACCAUUGAUAGAGCUUUGUUUGUACCUGGUGGACUUCAACCUUAUGUUGACAGUCCUAUGCCGAUAGGCUACAAUGCUACUAUCUCUGCGCCACAUAUGCAUGCCACGUGCCUUCAGUUGCUGGAGGAGAAUUUGCAACCUGGGAUGCGUGCUCUGGACGUUGGCUCUGGAACGGGAUACCUGACAGCAUGCUUUGCCUUGAUGGUGGGACCCCAAGGCCGUGCUAUUGGCGUGGAACAUAUUCCUGAAUUGGUUUCUUUUUCAAUUGAGAAUAUUAAAAAAAGUGCUGCAGCUCAACCAUUGAAAGAUGGUUCCCUUUCUGUGCACGGUGGAGAUGGGAGGGAAGGUUGGCCCGAGUUUGCUCCUUAUGAUGCCAUUCAUGUUGGAGCAGCGGCACCAGAAAUUCCCCAACCACUUAUUGACCAGUUGAAGCCGGGUGGUAGAAUGGUCAUUCCUGUUGGAAACAUAUUUCAAGAUUUAAAGGUCGUGGAUAAGAACUCUGAUGGUUCUAUCAGUAUCCGGACUGAGUCUUCUGUUCGGUAUGUGCCUCUCACUAGCAGAGAAGCUCAAUUGCGUGGUUAG